ACUCUACAGGAGGCAGGAGGCUGACAACUGGCAGUAAAGACAAAGAUGUCAGGCCUGAGGCCCAGCACUCAAGUGGACCCUGAGAUUGAGCUUUUUGUAAAGGCUGGAAGUGAUGGAGAGAGUAUUGGAAACUGUCCCUUUUGCCAACGCCUUUUCAUGAUCCUCUGGCUUAAAGGAGUUAAAUUUAAUGUGACAACGGUUGACAUGACCAGAAAGCCUGAAGAACUGAAGGACUUAGCCCCAGGUACCAAUCCUCCAUUCCUGGUGUAUAACAAGGAGUUGAAAACAGACUUCAUUAAAAUUGAGGAGUUUCUAGAACAGACCCUGGCUCCUCCAAGGUACCCUCACCUGAGUCCCAAGUACAAGGAGUCUUUUGAUGUGGGCUGUAACCUCUUUGCCAAGUUUUCUGCAUACAUUAAGAAUACACAAAAGGAGGCAAAUAAGAAUUUUGAAAAAUCUCUGCUCAAAGAAUUCAAGCGUCUGGAUGACUACUUAAACACCCCACUUCUGGAUGAAAUUGAUCCAGACAGUGCUGAGGAACCCACAGUUUCCAGAAGACUAUUCUUGGAUGGGGAUCAGCUAACACUGGCUGAUUGUAGCUUGUUACCCAAGCUGAACAUUAUUAAAGUUGCUGCCAAGAAAUAUCGUGACUUUGACAUUCCAGCAGAAUUCUCAGGAGUCUGGCGUUAUCUCCACAAUGCCUAUGCCCGUGAAGAAUUUACCUACACGUGUCCUGAAGACAAAGAAAUUGAAAAUACUUAUGCAAGUGUAGCUAAACAGAAGAGUUAGGACAGCUCUUACAGGAGAAAAGGCUGUAUUUGUGAUCAGAUUUUACUUAAUGACAUAUUAGAAAAGUUUUUGCAAAUAAGAAUAUGAAAAAUACUGUUUCUUCUGUCCAACUCUCUUAUGAAAAGGAACUCUGUAUUUUCUGUUAGCCAUAAACAAUCUGUCCACUGUAUUUUACAGGUCUUCCCACUUUUACUUAAUUUUCUUUAUUUGUAUGGCAAACCACUGCAAUCCUGAAUGACAUGGAAAGCAUCACGAUCUUUUGCCCUUUGCUUGAAUUCCUGGAAUGCAUACAUAUAAGCUAAAUAGAUGUCUGCAGUUAUAAAUGUCAUAAGUAGAGGUACAAUCUCACCCUGCUCCUUAGAAACAUUUCCAUACAAAUUGCUAAAAUAAUUCCACAUUUUUGCUAGUUUAAUAUAUACAUGAGUUUAUUUCUGAUACAAAUAACAAAUUCAGAGUGAGCAUAUCAGAGAGGC